AUGCCGGAUGAUAGUGAAGCACCGAUUGCUUUUGGCUCCAGAACAUUACAGGGCGCGAAACGAAAUUAUUCACAGUUGGAUAAAGAAGCGCUAGCGAUUAUGUUUGGUGUGCAAAAGUUUCAUCAAUUUUUAAGUGGUAGACAAUUUACAAUAAUGACUGAUCAUAAACCACUAGUGGGAUUAUUCAACCCAGAAAAACCAAUAUCACAGCAUAUAUCACCCAGAAUGUUAAGGUGGUCAUUAAAGUUGGGCGCUUACCAGUACGAGAUUAAAUUCCGAGAAGGGAAACAUCACCAGAAUGCAGAUGCAUUGAGCCGGUUACCUUUAAAUGAUGUAAAGCUACAAAUACCGGAAAUACCUGAAAUAUUAUAUUGCAAUGAGGCUGAGGAACAGUUUUUAAUCACUGCGAAAGACAUUGCACAAGCAACCAGAAGAGAUCCAGUACUAUCAAAAAAAAUGCAGUCUUCAGACAUCAAUAAGAAUUUGGCAAAUAUACUUUUGCAUCUGCGUACAACUCCUAAUGCAAAUUCAAAUUCGAGUCCAGCAGAAAUCUUGAUGAGAAGGAAGUUGAAAACAUUGUUAGAUCAUUUGCACCCCAGUGAUGACAACACUCAGAAGCAGCUAAAUUCUGAUGAGUAUUCCAAACAAAUAAAACCAGUUCGCAGUUUCCAGUGUAGUAAAAGUGUUUGGUACCGAAAUUUUGGAAGAGGUGAAAAGUGGAUGCCAGGGAUUAUACAAUCAACAGGAGAUCGCAACUACAAAAUUCAAUCAAAUAGUAACAUAUUGUCGAGACAUAUUGACCAGUUGCAUAAGCGAGUUUCGGAGACACCGACAAGUUUAGAAUCCAAUAUAACUCCAGUAACAGUAACUUCAGUGGCACAACCGGAAGAGCAAGACGACCAAGUAAGUCCAGGUCAUUCAUCAAAUGAAUAUAUCCUACCAGAUAGUCAAGUAGAGGGGUCAUUAGAAGAAAAAGAUAAAAGAGAUGAAACAUUAAAAUCGCGACCGUACCGGCAGAGGCAACCGCCAAAAAGGUUACGGGACUAUUUGAUGGGGGAGGAACUGUAG